AAGGAAUAAAGUUCGAAUCAUUCAGAGUAGAUCUCGGUUUCCAACUCAAAAGCUAUACUUGCAAUGUCGAAACUUGUGUUGGUAUUGGCAAUCUGCUGUCUUCUGGUAACCCAGAUACUGUCACAGGAUGCUGAGAAUCGCAGGUUUUGUGAUCGCUUAACCCAAGAUUGCGUUAGCCAACAGGGCACUGUGGGCACUGCGGACGACACUGUGAAUAUCUUCAACGAUCAUUGCCGACGAAACGAUCGAACUUGGCAGAGAAUAACCCGCUGCCAGCUGGUCCGGGCCUCCUGCAUAGUGACUAUGGUGCGUUGCGAUAAUGUUACCUGCAAAAAUGUGGCUCGUGCCCUGGGGACUUAA